CAUGGGGGCGGCGCCGAGUCAUCUGGGCUGCUGCGCGGGGCCCCCAGGCCACAGUGACCCCUGGCCACGGCACGGCCACAGGCUGGCCAGCAUGGACGCACUCGCGGACGCCAACGGCUCCUUUGCCUUCGACCUCCUGAGAGAGCUGGGAGAAAGCGACUCGAAAAAUGUGUUUUUCUCGCCCAUGAGCGUCUCCUCUGCCCUGGCCAUGGUCCUCCUGGGGGCCAAGGGGAGCACCGCGGCCCAGAUGUCGCAGGCCCUCUGUCUCCAUCGCGCUGGCGGGGGGGACGUCCACCUGGGCUUCCAGUCGCUCCUCAGCGAAGUCAACAGGACCGGCACGCAGUACCUGCUCAGGACGGCCAACAGGCUGUUUGGGGAAAAGACCUUUGACUUCCUCUCAGCCUUCAAGGACGCCUGCCUCAAGUUCUACCAGGCAGAGAUGGAGGAGCUGGACUUCGCCAACGCCGCGGAGGAGGCCCGACACCACAUCAACGCCUGGGUGGCCGAGAGGACGGAAGGUAAAAUUAAAGAUUUGCUGCCUGCGGGCUCUGUGAAUGCACGGACCUCUCUGGUCCUCGUGAACGCCAUCUACUUCAAAGGCAACUGGGCUCAGCAGUUUGACAAGCAGCACACACACGAGAGACCCUUCUAUGUCAGCCCGAAGGAGCAAAGGCCCGUGCAGAUGAUGUUUCAGGAAUCCAGAUUUCACCUCACCUACGUAGAGGAGGUGCGCGCCCAGGUGCUGGAGAUGCCCUACGCUGACCUGGAGCUGAGCUUGGUCAUUCUGCUGCCCGACGAUGGUGUGGACCUGGACUCGGUGGAAAAAACUCUCACUUUCGAGAAGUUCCUCACCUGGACCCAGCCACGCCGUAUGACCAAAACCAAUGUUGAAGUUUUCCUUCCAAAAUUUAAACUGGAAGAGGAUUACGACAUGGGCCCCGUGCUGCAAUACCUGGGAAUGGCGGACGCCUUUCAGGCCGGCCGGGCUGACUUCUCGGCCCUCUCACCCGAGCCGGAGCUGUGUCUGUCCAAGUUCGUGCACAAGAGUUUCGUGGAGGUGAACGAGGAGGGCACCGAGGCGGCGGCUGCCUCCGCCGCGGUGAUAGCGGAAUGCUGCCUGGUGGAUGAGCCGCGCUUCUGCGCCGACCACCCGUUCCUUUUCUUCAUCAGGCACAACAAGGCCAGCAGCCUUCUCUUCUGCGGCCGGUUCUGCCGUCCCUAGUGCCGCGCCCACACGGAGGGGAUACGAGUCUGCGCGGGGGACAUGGAGGUUGAAGAGUCAGCACACGUAGAUGGUUGCAGCAAAACGUUCUCUGUCC